GCAGAGGAUAUGUGCAGCUCUGCAGUUCAGCUGGAUUGUGACCCUUCAGUCCUGCAGAAUCUCUCAACCUGGACUCUGAGAUGCUGAGGUUCCUGCUGAUCACCUGCUUCUGUCAUCUCUUUGGAAAGCAGAACACAUUUCCAGUAGCAGAGAGUGUUCCUGUCAGGCUGGUGGGCGGGAACAGCUCCUGCUCUGGGAGAGUUGAGGUUCUUCAUGAUGGCCAGUGGGGGACAGUGUGUGAUGAUUCCUGGGACACGAACGACACCCAGGUUGUGUGCAGAGAGCUGGGCUGUGGCUCCGCUGUGUUGGCUCCAGGAAAUGCUCACUUUGGCCAAGGGGAUGGAAAAAUCUGGAUGGAUGAUGUGGCAUGCAACGGAUCAGAGAUCUCACUGCACAGCUGUGGAUCACAAAGAUGGGAUAAACAUAACUGUAACCACAGUGAAGAUGCUGGAGUGGUUUGCUCAGCUUCGAUGACAAAGCCUUCAGUCUCCUUGCUGUCCAGUUAUCCUUCAUUUCUACCUGGUGAAGAAGCCAGCAUCACCUGCACUGGCCCCUCCAGACUGCACACCAGCACUGAUUUCUAUCUGUACAGAAGUGGUUCUGGCAACUACAUCACAACACAGAGAGCUGCACCUUCACAGACCAGCGUGACUUUCAUUCUGUCUGACCUCUCUGAGUCAAAGCAAGGCAGCUACAGCUGUGUGUAUAAAGUACAGGGGAGAAGUGAGACCUUCAGCUCACCUCACAGUGACCCUGUACACAUCACAGUGGUGUUUCUGAAGCAGCCGCACAUCUCUCUAAGCCCGGCUGGCGGUGCUGUUGAGAGAGGAAACAGUUUUGAAAUCACUUGCAGCUCUGCAGAACGCUACACAGAGAGCACCUUCCUCCUCUUCAGAGUCUCUGCAGGCUUCAAUGAGAGAUGGAACAGAUCAGCACCAACCAUCAACCAGUCUGCCCUCUUCAGCUUCCCUGCUGCAGACUCCACACAUGAGGGGAAUUACUCCUGUCAGUAUCAGACCCGGGUAUCGGGGAGAGAGUUUGAAUCCCAGCUGAGCGAGAUGCUCCACGUCACAGUCACAGUGUCAGUCCUGAUUCCAGUCGUGUCUGCUGUCAGUGCUGCUGCAGUGCUGCUGCUCUCAGUAUUUCUCAUACUCCUGAGAUGUAAAAAGAGAAGGACAGACAGCAGAGAGGAAGUGAGGAGCUCUGUAGUCAGGAUGAAUUCAUACAUUUCCAAAGGCGCUGGUAACCUGCACUCUGAGGAUGCUGAUGAGGUCUAUGCGAACACUGAGUUUUUCAAGGAAGAUACAGUUGACCAGGACUAUGAAGAGAUGAGAGCUGAGGAUGGUAAAGAAGUCACAGAUGACCUGGGCUAUGAAGAGAUAAGCGAACCAGAGUAUGAAAACUUUGAUUUCAAUCAGGGCAAUAAGGGGGGAGCUGAAGAAGAUGAUAUCUAUCUGGAUUUCGGUUAGCAGACAGUAACAAGGUGGAAUUGUUUUACAUUGAGGCCGGUACAGAAAUAAUCGCGAGGGAUGAUAUAGAGAUGAUACUGAAAGAGUCUGUUAAAAAAUCAAAUAAAAUCAGCUUUGACAGAUUUGCUCAAAGGCAGCGAACCAAAACAUGAUAAAUAAGGAUUUGCUAAGCUAUAGAAUGCCACUACAUUAAAGUAAAACAAAAAACAUAUAGUAUUAUUUUUCCUUCAUUUUUUAAUGGUUAUUUACCUUUAAAUUUAGAGUCAUUUUGUAAAGUGUUAUUUUAUGGUUGUAUACCGUCAGGUUUACAGUGAUUUAACAUUAAAGUUUUUAACCUUCACAAUUUACAGAGGUUUUGUAACAUGAUUUAAAUGUUUGUAACACAGUGUUAGAAAUGUGCUGAGUGUUCUGGACGCUUUGGCUGGGUUUAGAAUUAUUUUAGUAUAAAUAAGACCGAAGUUGAGUAAUAUUUUCAAUAUACAUGCACACAUUAUCCAUAGAGGCUUUAUCCUAUAAAGCCGUGGUUUUCAACCUGCGGGUCGUGAAGCAUGCUCAGGUGGGUCGAGAAGGGCUUUGAGAAGAUUACAUUUAACAAUUAUUAUUACCAUAUAAUACUUACAUUUCUUAGCAACCCUAGACCCUGCCUUAGGAUCUGAAAUGAUCCUGUUGCUCUGAAUCACAACUGUUAUUAUUAUUAUUAUUAUUAUUAUUAUUAUUAUUAUUAUUAUUAUUAUUCAUGUUCCGGUCAGUCUGCUGUUGCACAGACUUCGGAUUGUGUUGAAAAGAAAAAAAAGCAAAUUUCUCGAGUAACAUUUUAUCAUCAGUAAAAUUUAUAGUGUGUCGCAUUAUUUUUUAUGUUUACUGGUGGGUCAUUGAGUUAAAAAGAUUAAACUCACUGCUCUAGAUGGGGAUUUUCAAUAUAUUUUAUGGGAUUGGAACUGGACCUGUUUUUUACACGUGUCUUGUGUUUAGUUUUCUACAGCGCUCCGAGAUGCCUUGGCAUGCCAUAUAAGAGAAUGCAUGUGUAUUGUAUUUUAAAAUCUAUUUUACCUUAAGCUUUUUAUGGCUAUUUACCAUUCAUAUGAACAGUAAUUUUGUAAAGUGUUAUUGUAUUAUCAUAUUGGUGCCACGGUUUGCUAUGCUAUUGAA